AUGCCUCAGUCUGCAGCAAUGAAUCUGCGUAAUUCCUUUGGCGAUCGAAAGAUCCCCGAUAUUUCACGCAAGAUCACGGCAUGUGUCUUGUGUCGCAAACUCAAGAUAAAAUGCCAUAUGAAUGAUAAUAACCCUCCUUGCAAUCGGUGCAAAGUGCGUGGGCUUGCGUGUUCGGUCAAUAAGAGCCUCCAGAUGCUCCUGGAGAAUGAUGCUUCAUGGAAGGAACAGAUGGAGGACCGAAUUAGCAGACUUGAACAGUCUAUCAAACAAAACACAACCCAGCCUUCUAGGAUUACCCGGGGUAAUGCUCCUCCGGCACAGCCAUUUAACCUCAACAAUAGUGAGACUGACACGCCUAUCACUCUACCUAAUCCUUUAUAUUCAGAGUCUUCUGCUACAGUCACCUUGGAUCUCUCAUGCAGUCUAGGCGCAUUUCCAGCAUCGUCAAUGAUCAAUCUUACGUUGGGUGAUAUUGGAGCAAUCUCAGGACGAAACCCUGACCCAGUCUCAUGCGGGAUCAUCCCACAAGAAAUAGCAGAGAUACUCUUCGUGUUCUAUAAGCAAAACUUGGAUCCUUGUAUUCAUAAUACCCUCGGCGACAACGACUCAUUAAGCACCAUCCGCGCACGCUCUCCCCUCUUCACUACAGCAAUAUGCACGGUAUCUGCAUUUUGCACUGGCUCCAAGUACUACAACACCCUACUGAAGCAUUUCACUACCCAAGUCUCCGGGAAAGUAUUUUCGAGCAAUCACACAUUCGACGAUGUCCGCGCGCUGUGUAUUGGAGCUUUGUGGCUAAACGAAGUUUCCACCGCGCUGAACAGUUUAGCCGUUCGAAUUUCUACAGAGCUAGAUCUACACAGGUGCAUUACCAAAAUGCCCCACACCAAACGAGCCUGCUACGACCGUACUCGGCUAUACUGGCUGGUAUACCUCUGCGACCACCACUGCUCUCUCAUCCACGGAAGACCUCCCCUUACACGAGACUUCCACUCAUUAAGAAGGCCAAGGGACUUUCUGCAGAGUUAUUACACCAACCCUUCUGACUUAAGUCUCAUCAGCCAGGUCGAGCUGUGGUCCAUCAGCAGUCGGGUCUUCGACAUGUUCGGUGCUGAUAUUGAAUGCAAGGCCACUAGCCAACGGUCGGAUAAACUGGAGCAGUUGAGUGAUAGCUAUGGUGGAUGGUUAGAAGAAUGGCUUACCAUGCUUUCCUUCACGAACGCAUCGGCUACAUUUUCACGUCGUGUCUUUGAUCUUUACUUCCAUUCUGCUAAAUUGUAUCUUUUCUCGCACAUCUUUCGAGGCUCGUCGCAGGAUACAAAACUCCCGAAAGCUGGGGCCGAAGGUGGAUCUGAUACUGGUACAGACGAGUUCGCACAUGGCGCGGUGAGAAGUGCGUUGGCAAUUAUCAAAUGCAUUGUCGAUGAUGACGAGUCAUCCUCAUGGCUGGGAAAGCUACCAACCUAUAUCGGAACCAUGGUAGCAUUCGCGUGUGUCUGCCUGGUGAAGGUAUCCGUCCAACAAGGACCAUAUGACCUGCAAGAUGAGGGUAUUCCUGGCUACCUUCAGCGACUCGUCCAGGUCCUCCUCUUGUCGCCGGUCGUCAACCAUCCCACGCAUCCGUUGCUGAGCAUUGCUAGAAGCCUAGAGACUGCUGCUGCUCUCGCUGGAUGUGUAAAUGGUGUAAAUGGUCAAGACUCUCUUGCCUCAAUCGAUAUGCGGGAUUUGGACCUUGAUUUCGGAUUUUUUGACAUGUUUACCAGCGACGCGUCAAAUGGAUGUCCUGAUAGCCACGGUGCAUUUCCAGGGAUUUGA